ACGACAUGAUAGUGAUUCCCAAGCCACAGUUUCUCUCCAAAAAGCUCAAAUUCUGUGGUUACCCGUCCAAGCGAGCUUCGGCCAUCAACUCCUUCAGCGAUCUAUACAAACUCCACAAAGGCAAGAAAAGGUCCCGCAUAGGAGCUGAAGGCCAGGUAUGUGUUGAGAAAACCGAGGAUAGUAGAUUGGCUACUGCUAAAAAAGAGAUCGCAUCUGCUUCACAGGCUAAUACUUCCAUCAUGGAAAAAGCUUGCACGGAGAGCUCAGUUAAGAAGUUCCCGCAUCCUACAGCAGGAUUUGGUGCAGGUCAAGCGUUUUUGCCCACUGACCCAAUAGGGUCGAACAAUGUCAUUGAUUUAACCAUGCCAAGUAGCUCUGAAGAACGUACUCCUUAUCUAUUCGGAAAUGAAGCCAACUCUAUUGUGGAGAUAAUGUUCAAGACCAGUGAUGGAAGCUUGGUCCCUGUUACUGAUGAAUUGCUCCAGAAUCUUCAGAAGGAUGGUCUGCAAUUGUAUGUGCUACGCCACUGGCAAAAUGGGUUUCGACCAUCUCCCGCAGGAGCGCGCCACCAUCCAGCGCGCAGCCUACCACUGCCGACCGGAAGACCGUUGAAUUUUGAACGGUCCAAUGGGAUGCCUUCCUCUCGGAGCGACCAGGAGAGAGGCCGGAAGAAGCUACCAUUUUGA